AAUCUUCGUUCGUGUGUUCAUAUCGCAUAUCGUUUACGUGUUUCAUUCAAAGUGGACAGAAUUGGAUGUUGGAAAAGUCGAGUUGAGUGCAAAAUAAAAAAUACUUUGUUUCAGAGAGAAUAUUGUUUAAACUGAAGUUGAAAUAAUGUGAGAACAAUGUUACAAAUAUUUGAAUCUUUAAAUAGUGUCGAAAUAAUUAAUAAGUUUUCUGAAAUCAAUGCAAAUUUCGCCAGCUGCAAUUUUAUGAAUGAAUAAUGAGAAAACGCAGUUAUAGCGAAUGUACAUGGAAGCAAACAGAAAAAUUUAAUAGGAAAGAAUUCCAAACAAUAAAAAGAGCUGAAAAGUUUUUAAGUUGUAGUGAUUGAAGUGAACCAAGUGAAAAAAACGUACUUUGGACUGUGUAAUUACCAUACGCAGAAGAGGCAAACACUGCAUAUUGCGAAAGUACAUUGCGUGCAUAUUGCAAAAAUCACGCCCACAGACGAAAACAUAUCAAAAGUGCAUUGUAAAAUAAGCCUGAAAAAUGUCUGGUCAACGUGUCAAUGUGAAUGCUGCUGAAAAGGACGUGGAGAAGUUUAUAAAAUUUUUGGCGCUGAAGUCAACUCAAGUCGUUGUUCAGUCGCGCUUAGGUGAAAAAAUACAGACUCCAUGUAAUCCACUCGCUACUGGUAGUGAUUGGUUCAAUAUAGUUAUACAGGACCAUCCUGAUAUUUAUGCUGAAACGAAGCGUGCGUUAGCAUUGGAACCUGGUCAAAGCAUAUUAAAGCGAUUGCCUCUGUGUGUCGAGAUUUCGCUACGCACAGUGGAAGGAGACCAAAUGGUGCUAGAAGUGUGGUCUUUAGAUAUACAACUACCUGGUUGUCAUAAAAAUUGUAAAGAUGACAUAUGCGAAGUACUCAUAAAGAAUGCAGAAAAUGGCAAGGGCGGCGUCGCAAAUGGUACAGGCGCAACUUUAUCGGAGCAACAGACUUUGAAGGCAGCGCACGCUAUUUAUAACCGAAUGGGCAUUCUACUGAAGUCACUUAUCUCGUUGACACGUGCUACUCCAGGAUACAAAUUAUCCCGACGUCAAUGUCCAGAAGCAUAUGGUAUUUACUAUCGAAUUUACGUGGAUAGGCCACAGUUGCACACCUUAGGCGAAGGCCAUAAAAAUGUGAAAAUCGGGCAGCUAAAUACGAUAGUUGGUACCUUGAGUAUGUCAGUUUCUUACCGUACCAAAAUGACGAUCACACCCACAACCGCAGAUGCACAAAAUGGUGAAGGCAACACAAUCAUGCUAAAGUCUGACCAUUUUCGUCGUAACGAUUCUUCGCCCACUCAAAACGUAUCUUUAACAGGGUUGAAAAGAGGUACGGGUGCAAAUGGUGAAAGAAGAGUAGUUGAUAUUGAAAAGCCAUUGCGCCCAGGAGCGUUCACAGAUGUUGGCAAACUGCGACAAUGGACGGAAAAAGAUUAUGUUUUACCUGAAACACCACCGUUUGAAUGGCUAUUGCGUCGUCCACGCCACGAAAGCGGAGGGUCUGCAGGUUCAGUCGAGUCAUUAAAUAAAAAGAGUGAUGGCAGUGCAGCAGUACCGAAUUCGUGUAAUGGCCAAGAGCAAGGCAUUCAAAAUAAUAACGACGGCGUGGUCAAUAAUGCCAAUAAUAAUACAAAGGUGAUUAAUAACAACAAUGUAAUGGCGUUUAAGAGUUUAGAGAAUGGACAAAAUGGUACACAAACAAAAACGCCAACCGACAGUGGCACGCUCUCACAGUCACCCAUCAAAAGUCUUUUUGUACCCGCCCCAACAACGUCGCGUCACAGUACAGCGCCAACACAUUUACCAAUGCAUCGGCCCGAUGAUGGUAACCUGCUCAAAGAGUUGAACUUUCCUUUUGCCUUACCAAAUUCACAUGUAAAUGAUUUGGCGAAAUUUUAUCGUGAUUGCUAUCAUGCGCCUCCACUACUUGGACUGAACGAAACACAACCGGAGACAGCGGUGGAAGAAUUAGAGGAAUUUGAAACAUCCUUAGAAGACUACGACGAACUAGUUUCGCAACUCGCGUUAAGUACAUCUUCUUCUACGGGCAGCCGCAGCAGUGGUGGACUACAAAUGAGCAACUAAUACCAACUGAACGGGGUAAAAGAUUAAUUGAUACUAGUAUAAGUACAUAAAUAGAUAUGUAGGUAGUUAAUAGAGUAAGCACGAAAGCCGAGGAACUAUUCACUAGAAUUACGAUCAAACGACUAGGCUUGCAUUUCUUUAAUUUGCAUUAUUUAUUCUUAAUUUUAUAACAAUAUAAGGUUUGCAUAUACAUAUACAUACAAAAUAUAAUAAGACUUAUUUGUUAAGUGUUUAUAUUUAGUAAGUACAUAAAUAUUGUUUAAAUGAUCAAUUGUUACGGAAAAGAACACUGUGUGCAGAAGACGUUUUUUUUGGAAAUUUGUACUGUUAUGCCUCUGUUUCAAUUGGUAAAUCAGUGACUAAGAUAAGAUAAUCAGUUCUGUAUUAAUGCGAAAAUUUACCCAAAAUAUGUUAAUAUUCAAAAAGGAAUAGGUAUCUGAAGCUAUUCCUUGUAACGAAGUUUCCUUUACUUACUCAAAUCUGAUAUUGUUUUAUGUCUGCAACCUGCACACGGUAUGGUUUAGUGCCUUCUUUAACAAAUAUUUUGCUACGAAAAUAUAAAUGAAAAUGCUAAAAUAAUUUACCUCUAUUGUGUUAAAGAUGAAGGCAUACAUAUUAUUUUUAUGUACAUGUAAAAUAAAGAUUUAAUUAAAAAAAUAAAAUAGUUUUAAAAAAUUGAAGACUAAAAUUUUAUACAUAUGUAUGUAAUUCUUUCCGAGUAAAUGGUGAAAGAAGCAAUAAUUUUUUGUUUUCUUUAAAGAAAAUUAUCGGAGUGCAUCAAUUGCCUAGUAUCUGCAUAAUAAACAGCAGAAUUGUUUAAGUAAUUAUAGUUCAAAGUUCUUUAGACGAGCAUGCAUAUUACAUAUGUACAUACGUGCAUCCAUGUAAAUAAAUUCAUACAAAUACAUAUACAUAAUUAAAAAAAAAACUCAUUCAA